AAUGUCUGCGUCGCUCUGCUCGACUUUGCUGAUUCUCGGUGUCUUCGUGUUUGUCUCUGCAGAACAAAAAAGCAUCACAGCUCAAUCUGGACAGGACGUCACUCUGCCAUGUCGAGCUCCAAAUAACAACAUCAUCAUAGGUGUAGAGUGGAACAGAGCUGACCUGGAGACACAAUAUGUGCUUUUUUACAGAGAUAACCUGUUUGAUCCAGAUGAACAGUAUCCAUCUUUUAAGGACCGGGUGGGUCUGCAGGACAGACAGAUGAAGGAUGGAGACGUGUCUUUGAUUCUGAAGAAUGUGACGAUUAAUGACGCUGGAACAUACGAGUGUCGUGUCAAGACAGAAAAAAAACGUAGAGAGAAUCAAUCAAUUGUAAUCAAAGAACCAAUUUUAAAUGAAAACGCAUUCAGCAGCAUCACACUGAUUGUCGUACCUCCAGGUCAGCCAGGAGGAGACAACAAAGAUGAAGGUGGAAGGAAGGAGGAUGGAUCUGUUGGACUGAUCGUCGGUCUGUCAGUUUCUGCUUUGCUUCUUGUUGCUGCUGCUGCUGUUGGAUUUUUAAUCUACAGAAAACAUAAACAGCAGAGUCAGGAUCCAUUGUAGCCUCCUGAGUAAUUGCAGCAUAUUUGAAAUGUCUUUAGUGUUUUUGAUGAUGAUGAUGUUUGGUAAGAGAAGCAUUACUACGGUAAAAUGCAGAAUGGAGUUCAACUGCCCAAUAUCCAAAUUAAAAAAAGAAAUACAAGCAGGUUGAGAACCAGGAGCUGCUGAUCUGUCAGCCUGAGACUGGCAACAAUUAAAAAAAUAACACAGAUAUUCUUUAAAAUCUGUGGGUUUAGACUCUACAUGAUGACAUCCUGCAAGAAUAAACAUUCAUUUUAUUCUCUAGGUUAAUAAGAUAAGAUGCUGCCUAUUAGAUUAAGUUUAAGAUUUUACAACAUUUUUACAUGUAAUUUAUUUCGACCUUUGAGCAGGUUUUUGUAAAACUAUACAUAAUAAUAAUUGUUAGUUUUUAGCAGUAGUAAGAUUACACUCUUACAUCCUAAACCAAGUUUUAUUUCAUUAUAUUUUGCUAUGAAAAGUGGAAGUAGGUGCAGCGAUAUACUGAAACAAGCACACAUGUAAAUGCAGCAGAUAAGGUGAAACCAGAGUUUGUACAGUUCUAAUAAGCAGAAAGUCUGUAUUUAGUAUGACUGCCUUUAUUCUUCAGCACAGCCUGAACUCGCUCAGGCAGCUUUCCUGUAUUUCAGUAGUCUUCAGGAAUAGUUCUCCAGGAUAUUCAAAGCUUUUCUUUGGAUGUUUCUGCCUUUUGUUCUCUGCUAAGAUGAUCCCACACUCCUUAAUUAAUGUUGCGCUCUGGGCUCUGGGGAGGCCGAUGCAUGACUCAUAGUUUUCCACUGUGUGUUUUUCUCUCCAGUUAUGCUUUUACUACAUGGUCGAUGGAUAUGGUUUAGAUUUACUGCAAAUGCAGUUUGUUUGGGAUCAUUGUUAUGCUGAGUAAUGAAUUUAACUUCAGUCAAAUACUUUCUUGAUGGUAUAUUGCAUCGUGGAUCAAAUUCUAAUAUACUGUAAACUCAGAGAUUAAGCGGGUGUUAAAGACAGGGUGAUUAGUUUAUGUAAAAUGUAGUUUGUUGUUGUUCUGGUUUAUGUGCUAAAAAUGGUUUUAUUUGUGUAUGUGUUAGACUUGUACAUAGUUAAACAUAUAUGGAUCAAAUAAUGUUGAAUCCUGGAUAUGGAUUUGUAAGCAAUGAAAUUUGAAAUAAGGGGGUGGGAACAGGAAAAGUGUAAACUUCAUCCUACUCCUUUUCGAGCACACAUAUUCUGUAGACAUAGAUAUUUACAUGACAAGUUUCUUUUUUUUCUCUUGUUAUUUCAAUUAUAUUUGCAUGUUUGAAAUAAAA